UCCACAUCAACAUGAAAAUAAUAAGAUUGACGGCAACCGAAGUUAUUCCACGAAUAAAUCUGUGAUGAUCCACGAUGAGAAAAAUAGCGCGGCUCUAAAUAGAUUUCUAGAAGAUGUUCUAAAUGCGCAGAACGAUUUGAAGUGGAUAGAUCACGUCACACGUCAUAUUAGUCAUAGAACACACCUAAAUGAUCCGCUGGCGCAUACAAACCAGCACUCUACGGUAUCCAUCAACACAAGGAAUAUCCUGGAACGGGAUGAUAUUGGUUAUGGAAGUAGGUUACGCGGCAAGAGGGGCUUCGAUCGGAAUUAUGAAACGAUGUGGAUACUGCAGAAGAAUUAUGGACGAAAGAGUACUCGCGAUAUACCUCAAAGAGUCUAUCUAGAUAAUGAUAUGACAUUUAAUGCUGAUAACACUUUUUAUCAAUCAGAUGGCACGUUAGAUAGAGCUGUCUACGAAAAAGGAACGAUGGUCGAUCAGCCAUUGAAAGAUUGGACUGAAAAGAAGAAUUUCCAUUCCUCGCGCGACUGGUCGAAUUCUAAUGAGAAUCCCAAAGUGACUAACGGCGAAAAUACAUGGCUUCGAGAUUACGAAUCUUCUGAAAAUCUCGUUAAUUCUGAUUCGAGCAAAGACGAAAAGUUACAGACUGACCUGCAGGAUCAAUUCGAAGUAUCGUUGCACGAUCCAAUAUAUGCAAAUGAUUUAACCGCUUUGCGGAGAUCUCCAGUUGCAAUAAAAAAUGGCAAAACCCGAAAUGUACCGCUAUCAUUGGAAUCUUUGAAAAGAACUGUAUUAGAAUUAAGAAAUAGUUUGAUGUUGGGUUAUAAAAAGAGAAAUAUAAUACCGAAAAGAGAAUCUAAUUGGCGGGAUGAGCCAAGAUCGACAGCUGAAAUGUACAAUUUUGGGGGAGAUCUUGACAACUAUCUUGAUGAAGAAACAAUGCGGAAGCUAAAAAAAGCAAAAACUGUAGAUAACGAAAAUGAAGAUGACUCAAAACUUUUUCAGGGAGUAGAGUUUGGAGAAGCAUAUUUUGGGAGACGAAAUUCGAAAGAAUCACAUGAUCGCAGUAAACGUAACAGAAGGAGUUUUGUCGUAGAUUCAAAUUACACAAAUCAUCAGAAAGAUAUUCCUGAAAAUAACCGCUAUCGAAAAAUUGAAAUAAUUAAUAACGUUCUCAAAAAUGUAACUACAAUACAAAAUAUUGAAGAAGUUGUUACUGAAUUAUAUUCUAGUUAUCUCAGCAACGACGGAAAAAAUUCGGUGAACACUUCAAAUAAGAUGAAUAUUACCGAUUCGCAAAAUUCUUUAGAUAAAGGAUUUUUUUCAAGUAAUCAUUUCAAUAAUUUAACGAUUAUUCCAUCAACAGCUAACAAAAAUGUAUUACCAAAAAUGAAGUUCCUAAAGCAAGCUUGA